CUGUCGGGCUGGGACUACUGCUACGUGGAGAUGGCGGACGCACCGACGGACGCAAGCUCGUCCGCGUCGCGCUCCGUGGACGAGGUCGCGCGGGACCUCGACGUCGACCUUAGCACCGGCCUCUCGGCGGCGCAGGUCCAUACGCGCCGGCUAGCGCACGGCAGGAACGCGCUCGAGACCGACGGCGAAGAGAGCUUGAUCAAAAAGUUCCUCGAGCAGUUCCAGAACCCACUCAAUAUGCUGCUCAUGGCGUCCGGCGGUGUCUCCGUGCUCAUGGGCCAUCUCGACGACGCCAUCUCGAUCGUCGUUGCGCUCACGAUCGUCGUCACCGUUGCGUUCGUGCAAGAGUACCGCAGUGAGAAGACGCUCGACGCGCUCAAGGAGCUCGUGCCGCCGCGCUGCCGCGUCGUACGCGAUGGCCUCACCCAAGAGCUCGACGCGUCCGACCUCGUGCCGGGCGACAUCAUCCUCAUUGCCACGGGUGAUCGCGUGCCUGCCGACGGGCGCCUCGUCGAAGCGAUCAACUUGGACGUCGACGAGUCGAGCUUGACGGGCGAGACGCAUCCCGUCUCCAAGCACAUUGCACCCUUGCAGCAUGCGCACUCGCAUCCGAUCGCGGAGCGCAAGAACCUCGUGUACAUGGGCACGCUUGUGCGGACAGGUCACGGCAAAGCAAUCGUGUACGGCACGGGCCGCUCGACAGAGUUUGGGGCUGUCUUUGAGGUCGUCGACUCGGUCGAAGAGCGCAAAACGCCGCUGCAAGCCCGCAUGGACACGCUCGCGAACCAGCUCUCGAUGGCGUCCAUGGCCGUCAUUGGCGUCAUCGUGCUUGUCGGCGCGCUCCAGGGCCAGCCCGUCUUCAAAAUGCUCCAGAUUGGCGUCUCGCUCGCGGUCGCGGCGAUCCCCGAGGGCCUGCCCAUCUGCGUCACGGUCACACUGGCGCUCGGCGUCAUGCGCAUGGCGUCUCGGCACGCGAUCCUCAAGAAGCUGCCGGCGGUCGAGGCGCUCGGGUGCACCAAUAUUCUCUGCGUCGACAAGACGGGGACGCUAACCACCAACCAAAUGCAAGCACUGGCGGUGUACGUCCUGAACGUCGCCGGAGCCAUGUGGCCGCUCGACAAGGCGCGAAGCGCCGCCGAGCUCGUCGCGACCACCAGCCUCUUGCUCACCGGGGUCCUUUGCAACAACGCCGACCUUGUCAACGGCGACGUGGUCGGCCAAGCCACGGAAGGCGCGCUUUUGCUGGCGGCGGCGGCCCCCGAGAUUGGCCUGUUGCCUAACGUUCGGCGCGACCACCCGCGGCUCGAAGAGAUUCCGUUCAGCUCGGACGCCAAGUUUAUGGCCGUCCGUGUCCAAGACCAUGGAAGCAGUAGUAGCACGUGGCAUGUCAAGGGCAUGGUCGAAGCCAUCCUUGCCCGCUGCACGCACGUGCAGACCGACCGACUCGAGAACCGGGCGCUCUCCGAGACGGACCGCCAACACCUCUUUGCCAAGGCGCAUGCGCUCGCCCACCAAGGUCUGCGCGUUCUCGCGCUGGCCAAGGGGCCGACCAUGGAGUCGCUCGUGUUUCUCGGCCUUGUGGGCAUCUCGGACCCGCCGCGCGCCGGCGUCGCCGACACGAUCGCGUCCCUUGCAGCGACCGGUGUCGUGACGCUCAUGCUGACGGGCGAUGCAAAGGAGACGGCUGGGGCCAUCGCGCUCCAAGUGGGCAUUCUCCAGGAUCUCGACCACCUCGACGAUGUCGCGCUGCAAGCCCGGCUCGCGACCACCCGCGUGUUUUACCGCACGUGCCCGACGCACAAGCUGCAGAUUGUCCGUGCGGCGCAGGCCAUGGGCGCGCAGGUGGCCAUGACGGGCGACGGCGUCAACGACGCGCCGGCGCUCAAAGCCGCCGAUAUCGGGAUCGCCAUGGGGACGACCGGCACGGAUGUCUCGAAAGAAGCCGCCGAUAUGAUCUUACUCGACGACAACCUCGGCACGAUCUUGUACGCAAUGGCCGAAGCGAAAGGCAUUUACCACAACAUUACGCACUUCUUGCGGUUCCAGCUCUCGACGUCGGUGGCCGCGCUGAGUUUGAUUGCGAUCACGACGCUCUUUGGGCUGCCGAACCCGCUCAACGCGAUGCAGAUUCUGUGGAUCAACAUCAUCAUGGACGGACCGCCGGCGCAGUCGCUCGGUGUCGAACCCGUCGACGACGACGUGCUCCAGGAAGGCCCCCGGUCGCCCGAGGUACCGAUUCUUACCCGGUCGAUGCUCAAGCGCGUCCUUGUCUCGGCGAGUUUGAUUGUGCUCGGCACGCUGUACGUGUUUGUCGAUGAACUCGAUGACGCUUGGCACGUCAGUCGGCGCGACCACACGAUGAGCUUUACGACCUUUGUGCUCUUCGACAUGUUUAACGCGCUCAGCUGCCGCUCCGAGACCAAGUCGGUGUUGGAGAUUGGUCUCUUCUCCAACAAGGCGUUUUGUGCCGCCGUCGGCGCGUCGCUUCUCGGGCAGCUCAUGGUCAUUUACGUGCCGUUCCUCCAAGCCGCGUUCCAAACCGAAGCCUUGUCUCUCGGCGACCUUGUCUACAUGACGAGCAUCGCGUCCAGUGUGCUCGUCGUGGACGAGGUGCGUAAAUGGUCGGACAAUCGCCGCAGCCGCUGGCGCCGGCCGCGCGUGUUCGCGAGCAAGAAGAAGAAGCGCUCCAAGUCGUCCGAGUAUGUUCUUGCCAUCCAAGACGACGACGACGACCUCGAUACCGUGGCCGACGAGAGCACAAGUACUGGUGGUGCCACUCUCCUAGCACGACGCACUGAUGUGGUCGUCUAA